AUGUCAGAGUUUCUUGGGUCGCGCAUCUCGCUCAUCUCCAAGAGCGAUAUCCGCUACGUAGGCACACUCCACGAGAUCAAUUCGGACGAAUCCACAGUUUCUCUUGAAAAUGUCCGAUCGUUCGGAACGGAGGGUCGUCGAGGCCGGCCCGAAGAAGAGAUCUCUCCGUCGGAUCAGGUCUACGAGUACAUCGUGUUCCGCGGCAGCGACGUGAAAGAUCUUCGCAUCGAGGAGCACCCCGGCAUCAAGGAGAACAAGGCGCCUCCGGCCAUGCCCGACGACCCUGCCAUUGUUGGAGCACGCACUCGCGAUGGCGGUCCGCCAAACCAAAACGCGCCUCCCGCUGGCUUUCAGCAGCCUUACCCGCCGAACAACUUCUACGGAGGCCCAACUCCCCCGGGCCCUCCGGGCUCCUGGGGUCGUGGAGGCGGGCCGGGUCCAAUGCCUGGCCCUGCGUUCGGCAACAUGCCGUAUCCGCCACCGCCAGGCUGGUUCCCACCUGGCCAAGCCUUCCCCCCGGGCGGCCCUGGACCGUGGAACAACCAUCACUUCCCGCCCGGCCCUGGAGGACCUCCAGGUCCCGAAGCCCUGAACCAGCGCCAAGGACCUCCUCCUGGCCCGGCUCAGGAACAGAAGGGCGGUCCUCAGGGUCCUGGGGCGGACCGAUCUAAGCCAGCGGGUCAGCAGGGCCCGGCCAUGCCUGCGACCGAGCCGAAGUCGCUGGCUCAGGCAGCUCGUCAGCCUGCCAACGCGCCGAGUCCACCCGUCGAGUCGAAACCGUCGGUUGCGGAAGUCAAGGCUGCUGCCAACUCGUUGAACGCGAACGGAUCCACUGCCGGCGCAGAGGUGACCAAGCCUGUUCCUGCUGGCCCACGGAACAACCGCGUGAACCCGGUUCUACCCCUCUCGGGUACGGCUGUGAAGCCUUUCCAGCUUCCCACAGCUGGCAAACCAGCACCUACCACAGUGAAGACUACCGUGACGGGUGGACAGAAUAGUGUCGAGGACGCUACCAGCGCGGCCCGAGCCGCCGUCGCUGUGGCGAUGGCGCAGCUUGGCAACACCGGCGGAAACGCCAUGGACAACUUGACGAACAAGGUCAACGAGAUGAGGGUGAACGCUGGACGAGGAGCAGCGGCCCCGCAUCCGCGACCCCGAGGCCGUGGAGGCCGUCAAGGCGCCCAAAAGGUCGAUGUUCCUGACUCGGAUUUCGACUUCGCGCAAGCCAACGCAAAGUUCAACAAGCAAGACGUUGCCAAGGAAGCAAUCGCUGGAUCUCCUCUGACGGAGCACCCCUCUGAGCCCGUGGUUGAGGCCCCCGAAGCCGAGCUCGCCGACGGUAGCGUCCCAGUGGCUUACAACAAGUCAAGGUCUUUCUUCGACAACAUCUCGAGCGAAGCCAAGGAUAGAGCCGAGAAUGGCGGCCAGAAACCUGGCGGCCGGGAGUGGCGCGGCGAGGAGCAGCGGAAGAACAUGGAGACUUUCGGCCAAGGCAGUGUUGACGGCGGCUAUCGCAACUAUCGCGGACGCGGUCGCGGGCGUGGUCGUGGCCGAGGAUUUGGACGUGGCGGUCGUGGAGGAGGCCGACCGCAGUACCAAUCCGCGGCGCCCGAUCAGUAA